GCUUUAAAAGGUGAGCCUUUCACGUUGAUAUUUAUAUGGACCAAAAAUGACACUUUACCUAAACGUCCUUCAAAGUGGAUUACAUGUAAUCUGAAUAACACCAUCCUACAGCAGCUCCGCGAGAAGAUAAGCUCAGAAGCACUGAAAGCAAACGACCUGGCAGAGAUCAAGGGUGCCGUGAGUGGGUUAACAACAUUGCCAUUGAAGUCUGAAAACUUCGACCUGAACAAAAGGGAAUUCUACGAUGCGCUCAGCCUUAGGUACCGCUGGACACCGAAGUACCUCCCAUUUACAUGCAUGUCCUGGCGGCAAGAGAUUCGACGUUGA